GAGUCUAGUCCGGUUUCGGUAGCGGAGGCGCUGGACCGGGUCCUGGAGAUCCUGAGGACCACAGAGCUCUACUCUCCUCAGCUGGCCUCCAAGGAGGACGACCCACACACCAACGACCUCGUAGGGGGGCUCAUGAGCGUGAGUCAGAGGCUACACACGCACACACACACACACACACACACACACACACACACACAACACAUUCUCACACACACACUCCUUCACAGGCCCCAUUUAGGCCCCAUUUAGUUUUUAGGAUACUCCUCUCCAUCCACACACCAAUGACCUCGUAGGGUGGCUCAUGAGGGGCUACACAUGCACACACACACACACACACACUCACACACACAUACCCCUCCUCUCACCUCCCCUCUCCUCUUCUCUCCUCUUCUCACAAACACUCAAACACGAGAGUUCCUGAGUUAUGUGGGAUAUUUCUCGUUGGGUGAAUUAUAAUGCUGAAGUCAUUGUAUAAUGUGAAAUAUGUUGUUAUUAGCCAGAUUUUAGAUAAACCAAAAGGGUAUUUUUUAAAUGUUUUUUCACAGCAUGGAUCAAGAGAGUGAUUUGCUGUCUUUUUCCUUCUGCAGGAUGGUUUACGGAGACUGUCUGGGAACGAGUAUGUCUUCUCCAAAAGUACCUUUCCAAGUAAGCAAUUACAACACAAACUGAGAUUAAUUAUGUGUUCAAUUGUGUUUUAGCACGUUUUAGUGGUAUAUUUGUGUUGCAUAAUUAAUAUGUAAUAUUUCAUCUAAUUAAAUUACACUGGGAGCUUAAUGUACUCAUUCUCAUUACACAUGAUUGGGGGCUUAGGGAGUUUUGCUGAAACCAUUACUUUUCAUGUAUGGACCUCUGUCUGUCUGAAGAGUGAUAGAAAAUGUCUCAGAUCAUUUCAUCAGUUGGAGUCUACAAGUGCAUCGGCAGUCAUUGGCAGUCAUUCCAUAAUCCCCUUAUAUUUGAUCUAGUCACGAUGAAUCCUAGGUAAACAGGAUUCUGAAACCACUUGUCAAGCUACCUUACCUUAUCUGACCAUAUAAUUAGGAAUUAGAAGUUAUUUAAUAUGAUCUCUAUGUAUCUCACCCUCUACCAUAAGGACCAUGUUGCUAGGUAAUUUAGGGACACAGCUGAGGACUACACUGGAAAUUGUUGUUGUUGCGUUGUGCUCUCAAGUGUCCCAAAUGCAAUCAAUCAGUGGACCAACCAACCAAUCAAUGGUGUACAGUGCCAUGCAAAAGUAUUCAUCCCCCUUGGCAUUUUUCCUAUUUUGUUGCAUUACAACCUGUAAUUUAAAUGGAUUUUUAUUUGGAUUUCAUGUAAUGGACAUACACAAAAUAGUCCGAAUUGGUGAAGUGAAAUAAAUAAAAAAAUUAUGGAAAAGUGGUGCGUGCAUAUGUAUUCACCCCUUUUGCUAUGAAGCCCCUAAAUAAGAUCUGGUGCAACCAAUUACCUUCAGAAGUCACAUAAUUAGUUAAAUAAAGUCCACCUGUGUGCAAUCUAAGUGUCACAUGAUCUGUCACAUGAUCUCAGUAUAUAUACACCUGUUCUGAAAGGCCCCAGAGUCUGCAACACCACUAAGCAAGGGGCACCACCAAGCAAGCGGCACCAUGAAGACCAAGGAGCUCUCCAAACAGGUCAGGGACAAAAUUGUGGAGAAGUACAGAUCAGGGUUGGGUUAUAAAAAAAUAUCAUAAACUUUGAACAUCCCACGGAGCACCAUUAAAUCCAUUAUUAAAAAAAUUGAAAGAAUAUGGCACCACAACAAACCUGCCAAGAGAGGGCCGCCCACCAAAACUCAUGGCCCAGGCAAGGAGGGCAUUAAUCAGAGAGGCAACAAAGAGACCAAAGAUAACCCUGAAGGAGCUGCAAAGCUCCACAGCGGAGAUCGGAGUAUCUGUCCAUAGGACCACUUUAAGCCGUACACUCCACAGAGCUGGGCUUUACGGAAGAGUGGCCAGAAAAAAGCCAUUGCUUAAAGAAAAAAAUAAGCAAACACGGUUGGUGUUCGCCAAAAGGCAUGUGGGAGACUCCCCAAACAUAUGGAAGAAGGUACUCUGGUCAGAUGAGAGUAACAUUUUGCUUUUUGGCCAUCAAGGAAAACGCUAUGUCUGGCGCAAACCCAACACCUCUCAUCGCCCCGAGAACACCAUCCCCACAGUGAAGCAUGGUGGUGGCAGCAUCAUGCUGUGGGGAUGUUUUUCAUCGGCAGGGACUGUGAAACUGGUCAGAAUUGAAGGAAUGAUGGAUGGCGCUAAAUACAGGGAAACUCUUGGGGGAAACCUGUUUCAGUCUUCCAGAGCUUUGAGACUGGGACGGAGGUUCACCUUCCAGCAGGACAAUGACCCUAAGCAUACUGCUAAAGCAACACUCAAGUGGUUUAAGGGGAAACAUUUAAAUGUCUUGGAAUGGCCUUGUCAAAGCCCAGACCUCAAUCCAAUUGAGAAUCUGUGGAAUGACUUAAAGAUUGCUGUACACCAGCGGAACCCAUCCAACUAGGAGCUGGAGCAGUUUUGCCUUGAAGAAUGGGCAAAAAUCCCAGUUGCUAGAUGUUAUAGAGACAUACCUCAAGUGACUUGCAGCUGUAAUUGCUGCAAAAGGUGGCUCUACAAAGUAUUGACUUUGGGGGAUUGAAUAGUUAUGCACGCUCAAGUUUUCAGAUUUCUGUCUUAUUUCUUGUUUGUUUCACAAGAAAAAAUAUUUUGCAUCUUCAAAGUGGUAGGCAUGUUGUGUAAAUCAAAUGAUACAAACCUCCAAAAAAAUCCAUUUUAAUUCUAGGAUGUAAGGCAACAAAAUAGGAAAAAUGGCAAGGGGGGGGUGAAUACUUUCGCAAGCCACUGUAUCAGUGUAAAAUAAGGCUGGCCCUUUCAACCCUCCCCUCACCUUUAGUUAGUGCGUGUUUGCAGUCGCAAGGAAAGAAGCAAAUAGUAGUGUUGCUGACAGACUUUCACAUGCUGUUCCUAACUGAAGUGUAUGGACUUUCACAUGCUGUUCCUAACUGAAGUGUAUGGACUUUCACAUGCUGUUCCUAACUGAAGUGUAUGGACUUUCACAUGCUGUUCCUAACUGAAGUGUAUGGACUUUCACAUGCUGUUCCUAACUGAAGUGUAUGGACUUUCACAUGCUGUUCCUAACUGAAGUGUAUGGACUUUCACAUGCUGUUCCUAACUGAAGUGUAUGGACUUUCACAUGCUGUUCCUAACUAAAGUGUAUGGACUUUCACAUGCGGUUCCUAACUGAAGUGUAUGGACUUUCACAUGCUGUUCCUAAUUGAAGUGUAUGGACUUUCACAUGCUGUUGCUAACUGAAGUGUAUGCGUCCAGUGAAUAUAAAACAACACAAACAUAGGCACAUACACAUGCAUACACACACACGAUAACAUACGCACUAUAGACAGCACGUACUCAUGGAUUUUGUAUUGUAGAUAUGUGGUAGUGGUGGUGUAGGGGCCUGAGGGCACACAGUGUGUUGGGAAAUCUGUGAAUGUAUUGUAAUGUAUAAUUGUAUAAUUGCCUUAAUUUUGCUGGACCCCAGGAAGAGUAGCUGCUGCCUUGGCAGCAGCUAAUGGGGAUCCAUAAUAAGUAAAAAUAAAAAUACACAUAAAAACCACUUUAAAUGGAAACAGCUGUGUCCGCGUGUGUGUGUGUGUGUGGUGACAAACAGUUUUGGGCCACAAGAUCACAUUCUUACAGGACAACACUAUAGUGGGCAGAUCUUAGUGAAUCAGUAUAAGUUACUAGCAGGUGAGGGCAUAUCCAGCCAAUCUGUGCAUGUGUGUGUCUCCAGAUAUGAGCCAGAGUCAGCUGGCCAUCCCAGUAACGCUGAAUGACAUCCCUCCGGCCAUCGCUGAGAUGCUGGAUGACGAGGACCAAUGGGAGUUUAACAUCCUAGAGCUGGAGGCUGCCACCUGUAAGAGGUAUGGAGGGAGGAGGAGGAGAGGGAGCGAGGGGGGGGGGGGGGGGAGAGAGAGGGGGGGGGUAGAGGGGGGAGGAGAGAGAGGGGGGGGGGAGGAGAGGGAGGAGGAGAGAGAGAGGGAGGAGGAGAGGGAGAGGGGGGAGGAGAGAGAGGAGGAGAGAGAGGGGGGAGGAGAGGGAGAGGGGGGGAGGAGAGAGAGAGGACAGUUGAGGGAAGUGGCGAUGAGUAAGAGAGGGAUGAAGGUUGUUAGGGGGUUAAGGGGAAAGUGAAGAUAGAGGUUAUUAUGCUCUUUCCAUGACAUAGACUGACCAGGUGAAUCCAGGUGAAAGCCAUGAUCCCUUAUUGAUGUCACUUGUUAAAUCCACUUCAGUCAGUGUAGAUGAAGGGGAGGAGACAGGUUAAAGAAUUAUUUUUUAGUCUUGAGACAAUUGAGACAUGGAUUGUGUAUGUGUGGCAUUCAGAGGGUUAAUGGGCAAGACAAAAUAUUUAAUUGCCUUUGAACAGGCUAUGGUAGUAGGUGCCAGUUUGUGUCAAGAACUGCAGCGCUGCUGGGUUUUUCACGCUCAACAGUUUCCCGUGUGUAUCAAGAAUGGUCCACCAGCCAAAGGACAUCCAGCCAACUUGACACAACUGUGUAGAGUCCAUGCCCCGACGAAAUGACGCUGUUCUGAGGGCAAAAGGGGGACUGCAACUCAAUAUUAGGAAGGUGUUCCUAAUGUUUGGUGUACUCACAUGUACACCAAUACAGAAGGGAACGAACAUCCUCCUUCUAUCACUCAUCUACAGUGAGGGAAAAAAAAUGUGUUAGUGAGAAACAAUAAACGUUUUUAAAAUAUACAUACAUAUACAAUAUGGUGUUUGUGACCAGUUGUAUCUUUAAUUUGUGACAUUCUUUUUAGGCUUUCAAAAACAAGCAAGUGUGGGGUUAAAAUAGUUCAGAUAACCAUACAGACAUUUGGCAAAUAAACAUGUGACCAACUUGAAGACAGGCUUUGACAGGCAUAAAUAAGAACUUCAGAUUAAAAUUGAAGACUUGAAACACACAGAAUUUCACAUGUUGUAAAAUUACUGAAAAAAGUAUUUGAUCCCCUGCUGAUUUUGUACGUUUGCCCACUGACAAAGACAUGAUCAGUCUAUAAUUUUAAUGGUAGGUUUAUUUGAACAGUGAGAGACAGAAUAACAACAACAAAAUCCAGAAAAACGCAUGUCAAAAAUGUUAUAAAUUGAUUUGCAUUUGAAUGAGGGAAAUAAAUAUUUGACCCCUCUGCAAAACAUGACUUAGUACUUGGUGGCAAAACCCUUGUUGGCAAUCACAGAGGUCAGACGUUUCUUGUAGUUGGCCACCAGGUUUGCACACAUCUCAGGAGGGAUUUUGUCCCACUCCUCUUUGCAGAUCUUGUCCAAGUCAUUAAGGUUUUGAGGCUGACGUUUGGCAACUCGAACCUUCAGCUCCCUCCACAGAUUUUCUAUGGGAUUAAGGUCUGGAGACUGGCUAGGCCACUCCAGGACCUUAAUGUGCUUCUUCUUGAGCCACUCCUUUGUUGCCUUGGCCGUGUGUUUUGGGUCAUUGUCAUGCUGGAAUACCCAUCCACGACCCAUUUUCAAUGCCCUGGCUGAGGGAAGGAGGUUCUCACCCAAGAUUUGACGGUACAUGGCCCCGUCCAUCGUCCCUUUGAUGUGGUGAAGUUGUCCUGUCCCCUUAGCAGAUAAACACCCCCAAAGCAUAAUGUUUCCACCUCCAUGUUUGACGGUGGGGAUGGUGUUCUUGGGGUCAUAGGCAGCAUUCCUCCUCCUCCAAACACGGCGAGUUGAGUUGAUGCCAAAGAGCUCGAUUUUGGUCUCAUCUGACCAAAAUCACUUUCACCCAGUUCUCCUCUGAAUCAUUCAGAUGUUCAUUGGCAAACUUCAGACGGGCCUGUACAUGUGCUUUCUUGAGCAGGGGGACCUUGCGGGCGCUGCAGGAUUUCAGUCCUUCACGGCGUAGUGUGUUACCAAUUGUUUUCUUGGUGACUAUGGUCCCAGCUGCCUUGAGAUCAUUGACAAGAUCCUCCCGUGUAGUUCUGGGCUGAUUCCUCACCGUUCUCAUGAUCAUUGCAACUCCACGAGGUGAGAUCUUGCAUGGAGCCCCAGGCCGAGGGAGAUUGACAGUUAUUUUGUGUUUCUUCCAUUUGCAAAUAAUCGCACCAACUGUUGUCACCUUCUCACCAAGCUGCUUGGCGAUGGUCUUGUAGCCCAUUCCAGCCUUGUGUAGGUCUACAAUCUUGUCCCUGACAUCCUUCGAGAGCUCUUUGGUCUUGGCCAUGGUGGAGAGUUUGGAAUCUGAUUGAUUGAUUGCUUCUGUGAACAGGUGUCUUUUAUACAGGUAACAAACUGAGAUUAGGAACACUCCCUUUAAGAAUGUGCUCCUAAUCUCAGCUCGUUACCUGUAUAAAAGACACCUGGGAGCCAGAAAUCUUUCUGAUUGAGAGGUCAAAUACUUAUUUCCCUCAUUAAAAUCCAAAUCAAUUCAUAAAAAAUUUUACAUGCGUUUUUCUGGAUUUUUAAAUGUUUAUUCUGUCUCUCACUGUUCAAAUAAACCUACCAUUAAAAUUAUAGACUGAUCAUUUCUUUGUCAGUGGGCAAACGUACAAAAUCAGCAGGGGAUCAAAUACUUUUUUCCCUCACUGUACCUCCCUGUCCUCUCUCUGUCAUCCCCACAGACCUCUGACCUACCUGGGCUUGAAGAUCUUUGCUCGCUUCAGUGUGUGUGAGUUCCUGAGCUGCAGUGAGACUACGCUACGCUGCUGGCUCCAGGUUAUAGAGGCUAACUACCACGCCUCCAACUCCUACCACAACUCCACCCACGCCGCUGAUGUCCUACAUGCUACUGCCUACUUCCUACGCAAGGAGAAGGUCAAGGUAGACCAAACACACACACCAGCAUACACACACACACACAACAACUCCUACCACAACCCCACACCAGCCCGAAGAAGACCUUCUGAUUGGAGAAUUGUUGGAUAUGCGUACACCACUUAUGCACACAAAUGAAAUUACUACUGACACCAGUUAGUUUCAAUAUUUCACCAAAAGAUGAUUAUGCCUGCCAUACAGUGGCUUGAGAAAGUAUUCACCCCCCUUGGCAUUUUUCCUAUUUUGUUGCCUUACAUCCUGGAAUUAAAAUGGAUUUUGGGGGGGUUUGUAUCAUUUGAUUUACACAACAUGCCUAAAACUUUGAAGAUGCACAAUUUUUUUUGGGGUGAAACAAACAACAAAUAAGACAAAAAAACAGAAAACUUGAGCGUGCAUAACUAUUCACCCCCCUCAAAGUCAAUACUUUGUAGAGACACUUUUUGCAGCAAUUAUCUAUCUAGCCACUGGGAUUUUUGCCCAUUCAUCAAGGCAAAACUGCUCCAGCUCCUAGUUGGAUGGGUUCCGCUGGUGUACAGCAAUCUUUAAGUCAUACCACAGAUUCUCAAUUGGAUUGAGGUCUGGGCAUUGACUAGGCCAUUCCAAGACAUUUAAAUGUUUCCCCUUAAACCACUCGGGUGUUGCUUUAGCAGUAUGCUUAGGGUCAUUGUCCUGCUGGAAGGUGAACCUCCAUCCCAGUCUCAAAUCUUUGGAAGAGUGAAACAGGUUUCCCCCAAGAAUUUCCCUGUAUUUAGGGCCAUUUAUCAUUCCUUCAAUUCUGACCAGUUUCCCAGUCCCUGCCGAUGGUGUUCUUGGGGUGAUGAGAGGUGUUGGGUUUGCGCCAGACAUAGCGUUUUCCUUGAUGGCCAAAAAGCUCAAUUUUAGUCUCAUCUGACCAGAGUACCUUCUUCCAUAUGUUUGGGGAGUCUCCCACAUGCCUUUUGGUGAAAACCAAACGUGUUUGCUUAUUUUUUUCUUUAAGCAAUGGCUUUUUUCUGGCCACUCUUCCGUAAAGCCCAGCUCUGUAGAGUGUACGGCUUAAAGUGGUCCUAUGGACAGAUACUCCAAUUUCCGCUAUGGAGCUUUGCAGCUACUUCAGGGUUAUCUUUGGUCUCUUUGUUGCCUCUGAUUUUGGUGGGCGGCCCUCUCUUGGCAGGUUUGUUGUGGUGCCAUAUUCUUUCAAUUUUUUUAUAAUGGAUUUAAUGGUGCUCCGUGGGAUGUUCAAAGUUUCUGAUAUUAUUUUAUAACCCAACCCUGAUCUGUACUUCUCCACAACUUUGUCCCUGACCUGUUUGGAGAGCUCCUUGGUCUUCAUGGUGCCGCUUCCUUGGUGGUGCCCCUUGCUUAGUGGUGUUGCAGACUCUGGGGCCUUUCAGAACAGGUGUAUAUAUACUGAGAUCAUGUGACAGAUCAUGUGACACUUAGAUUGCACACAGGUGGACUUUAUUUAACUAAUUAUGUGACUUCUGAAGGUAAUUGGUUGCACCAGAUCUUAUUUAGGGGCUUCAUAGCAAAGGGGGUGAAUACAAAUGCACGCACCACUUUUCCGUUAUUUACUCUUUAGAAUUUUUUGAAACAAGUUAUUUUUUUAAUUUCACUUCACCAAUUUGGUCUAUUUUGUGUAUGUCCAUUACAUGAAAUCCAAAUAAAAAUCAAUUUAAAUUACAGGUUCUAGUGCAACAAAAUAGGAAAAACGCCAAGGGGUAUGCAUACUUUUGCAAGGCACUGUAUCAAUGUGCUGAUUGAUUGAUAAGUUGAUCUACUACGUAAUUCACUGCCAUGUGUGUGUGUGUGUGUGUGUGUGUGUGUGUGUGUGUGUGUGUGUGUGUGUGUGUGUGUGUGUGUGUGUGUGUGUGUGUGUGUGUGUGUGUGUGCGUGAGGAGAGUAGAUUAUCAGUUUUCUUUGUUUGGCAUUAGAUUAAUGUAUGUCAGUGACCAGUGAGAGUUGGAGUGGGGGGAUGUUUUUAUAGCUUCGGUCUUGUUCUCAUAUUUGACUCAUUCAAUAAGUGUUUUGCCUUGAGGGCAUUGAGAUCCUCAUACUUUCCCUCUCUUUUCUCCCAUUUGCUAGUGAUUAUUAUUAUUAGUUGCGCUUGCAUGGCGUGCAUUAUUUGGUAUUAUUCAUUUGUUGAGUAUGAGGUUAUGCUGAGAGAGACUUAGGCAGUAUUUAUAUUUUAUACACAAUUUCAACAACAAAAAAAGCUGGUCUAAAAGUCUAACUCCCAAAAUGAUUUUGCUGUCUCAGUCCCAUCCCUGAUUAAUAGGUUCAUAUGUUUUUCUAUUAAGAUAUACUGUAGAUUGUAAAAGUUGUAGGAAACUGAGCUCCCCUACUACAUUUUUUCUAUUAUCUGUGCUUCUGUGGAAGUUUGACACUGAUGUUACUUCCUGAUUGCUAUAUGUCUCCCGGGGCUCAUGGGAGUUUUAGUUUAGUAACACUACUUCCUGGUUGUGUCAUGUGUUCUCAGGGUAGUCUGGACCAGCUGGAUGAGGUGGCUGCGUUGAUCGCGGCGACGGUCCAUGAUGUGGACCACCCAGGGAGGACCAACAGCUUCCUGUGUAAUGCAGGAAGUGAGCUGGCUAUCCUGUAUAACGACACGGCAGUGUUGGAGAGUCACCAUGCCGCCCUAGCCUUCCAACUCACCGUCAGGGAUAGCAAGAGCAACAUCUUUAAAAACAUCGACAGGUACAGUCAGGAGAGAGUCUAGGAGAGAAAAUAAUGGUUUCCACAUGGAGCUUUUAGUGCUUGCUAGCCUGGUCCCAAGUCUGUUUGUGCACAGACCGAUCUGGGACCAGGCUAAGUGCUUGCUACAGUAGGAAAGAGGCAAUGUUCUUGUUAAAGUAAUGAAUUGACAUGCCUCUUCCUCUAAGCCAUCAGAGAGACCACAUAACCACUGGCGACAGAUAUGGAGCAGGUUGGGUUAUUACCCUGGAACAUAUCAUGUGAUUUGAUUAACUUCUAGGUUUUUAUGGACCUAGAACUUCUUGGAAAACAGUGAGGACAGUUGACUAUCCUGGUCCUGUAAGCCCGUCUCUGUGUGUUUAUAUUAGGACUCAGUUCAGGACGUUGAGGCAGGCAAUCAUAGACAUGGUGCUGGCUACAGAGAUGACCCGCCAUUUUGAACACGUCAACAAGUUUGCCAACAGCAUCAACAAACCAAUGGCUGCCAUCGAGGAGUCCAGCUCAAAUGUAAGACACAGCCCCUUGUCUGUGUAUAUGUGUGUGUGUUUGUGUGUGUGUGUGUACUAGCGUCCAUGUGCGUGUGUAGUUUAUUAUUACAUAAUAAAGAUGGUUGUUAACAUUAGCCAACUGAGUGGGAACAGAAAAUACUAUAGAAACAGUUUAGUUCCUAAAUACAGUAUAUUCCAUGAGCAUUCAUGAGUAAAUAGGAAUAAAAGGGUAAAUAUUUUGACAUUCAACAAUGGAGAGUUCUAAUGGAAAAUACUUGGCUCUAUUCAGAGCAUGUGACUCCAAUUUGAAGCCCCUAUCUGAGAUUAGCAAUCAUGGCCCUCGUGGGCAGCAGCCUGUCUAGCCUGAUUAUAUCUCAGCCCUACUACCACUAAAAUAAUAUCACAAAGCAACUAAAUAAUCUGUGAGAGGAGCAACUUCAAGAGUCAGGCCAGCGUUAUGUAUAACUGUGGAAUGGAAUUUAUGGAACGGUAUCCAACUUAUGGAAACCACGUUUGACUCCAUUCCAUUUAUUCAAUUCCAGCCAUUACAAUGAGCCCGUCCUCCUAUAGCUCCUCCCACCAGCCUCUAGUGAUGUAUACCAUAGUGUGUGUGUGUUUCUGACCGAUUGUGUGUGCAUCGAAAUGUGUGUGUGUGUCUUUGACCUUGUGUGUGUUUCUCUGUAACAGAGUGAAGGCAGUGACAGUGAGGGUCCAGCCAGCAUCAGGAACAGCCCAGAGAACCGGCUGCUGAUCAAGAGGAUGAUGAUAAAGUGUGCUGACGUGGCCAAUCCCUGUAGACCUCUGGAGCUCUGCAUAGAAUGGGCCGGACGCAUCUCUGAGGAGUACUUUUCCCAGGUGAGGGGGCUGACAGGGAUGGAAGGAGGAAGGGAGGGCUCCUGGAGGAGGGGACGGUUGUAUGUUAAGUGUGGGAUUAAAGGGUAACAGGGCAGAAGGUAAAGGAAUGGAGAGGGGGAAGGGGACAGCGAGGGGUUAGAAUGAGGGAUGGGGAGUGUGUCAUUGCAGCACCAACUGUUCUGGUGCUAUAGGAGUCUGCAGCUGGCAAUCCUGACCUUAACAACUGUUCUGGUGCUAUAGGAGUCUGCAGCUGGCAAUCCUGACCUUAACAACUGUUCUGGUGCUAUAGGAGUCUGCAGCUGGCAAUCCUGACCUUAACAACUGUUCUGGUGCUAUAGGAGUCUGCAGCUGGCAAUCCUGACCUUAACAACUGUUCUGGUGCUAUAGGAGUCUGCAGCUGGCAAUCCUGACCUUAACAACUGUUCUGGUGCUAUAGGAGUCUGCAGCUGGCAAUCCUGACCUUAACAACUGUUCUGGUGCUAUAGGAGUCUGCAGCUGGCAAUCCUGACCUUAACAACUGUUCUGGUGCUAUAGGAGUCUGCAGCUGGCAAUCCUGACCUUAACAACUGUUCUGGUGCUAUUGGAGUCUGCAGCUGGCAAUCCUGACCUUAACAACUGUUCUGGUGCUAUAGGAGUCUGCAGCUGGCAAUCCUGACCUUAACAACUGUUCUGGUGCUAUAGGAGUCUGCAGCUGGCAAUCCUGAUCUUAACAACUGUUCUGGUGCUAUAGGAGUCUGAAGCUGGCAAUCCUGACCUUAACAACUGUUCUGGUGCUAUAGGAGUCUGCAGCUGGCAAUCCUGACCUUAACAACUGUUCUGGUGCUAUAGGAGUCUGCAGCUGGCAAUCCUGACCUUAACAACUGUUCUGGUGCUAUUGGAGUCUGCAGCUGGCAAUCCUGACCAUAACAACUGUUCUGGUGCUAUAGGAGUCUGCAGCUGGCAAUCCUGACCUUAACAACUGUUCUGGUGCUAUAGGAGUCUGCAGCUGGCAAUCCUGACCUUAACAACUGCCUACUCAGCUACACUAUAUAUACAAAAGUAUGUAUACACCCCUUCAAAUUAGUGGAUUCGGCUAUUUCAGCCACACCCGUUGCUGAAAUGUGUAUAAAAUAGAGCACACAGCCAUGCAAUCUCCAUACACAAACAUUUGCAGAAGAAUGGCCUUACUGAAGAGCUCUGUGACUUUCAACAUGGCACCGUCAUAGGAUGCCACCCUUCCAACAAGUCAGUUCGUCAAAUUUCUGCCCUCCUAGAGCUGCCCUGGUCAACUGUAAGUGCUGUUAUUGUGAAUUGGAAAUGUCUAGGAGCAACAACGGCUCAGCGGCGAAGUGGUAGGCCACACAAGCUCACAGAACGGGACCGGCAAGUACUGAAGCACGUAGCGUGUAAAAAUUGUCUGUCCUCGAUUGCAACACUCACUACCGAGUUCCAAACUGCAUCUGGAAACAACGUCAGCACAAGAACUGUUCGUCGGGAGCUUCAUGAAAUAGGUUUCCAUGGCCGAGCAGCCGCACACAAGCCUAAGAUCACCAUGUGCAAUGCCAAGCGCUGGCUGGAGUGGUGUAAAGCUUGCCGCCAUUGGACUCUGGAGCAGUAGAAACACGUUCUCUGGAGUGAUGAAUCACGCUUCAUCAUCUGGCAGUCCGACGGAUGAAUCUGGGUUUGGCCAGAUGCCAGGAGAACACUACCUGCCCGAAUGCAUAGUGGCAACUGUAAAGUUUGGUGGAGGAGGAAUAAAGGUCUGGGGCUGUUUUUCAUUGUUCGGGCUAGGCCAGUGAAGGGAAAUCUUAACGCUACAGCAUACAAUGACAUUCUAGACGAUUCUGUGCUUCCCCAACUUUGUGGCAACAGUUUGGAGAAGGUCCUUUCCUGUUUCAGCAUGACAAUGCCCCUGUGCACAAAGCAAGGUCCAUACAGAAAUGGUUUGUCGAGAUCGGUGUGGAAGAACUUGACUGGCCUGCACAGAGCCCUGACCUCAACCCCAUCGAACACCUUUGGGAUGAAUUGGAACGCCGACUGCGAGCCAGGCCUAAUCGCCCAACAUCAGUGCCCGACCUCACUAAUGCUCUUGUAGCUGAAUGGAAGCAAGUCCCUGCAGCAAUGUUCCAACAUCUAGUGGAAAGCCUUCCCAGAAGAGUGGAGGCUAUUAUAGCAGCGAAGAGGGGACCAACUCCAUAUUAAUGCCCAUGAUUUUGGAAUGAGAUGUUCGACGAGCAGGUGUCCACAUACCUUUGGUCAUGUAGUGUAUCUGUGUGCACCUAUAAAUCUGCCCCCUCCCUCCCUUCUCUCUCUCUCUCUCUCUCUCUCUCUCUCUCUCUCUCUCUCUCUCUCUCUCUCUCUGUCUUCCUCUCUCUCUGUCUGACCUUGUGGCACUAUCUUUUGGCAGUGAGUCCAGGAAACACAUGUGUGUUGUGUGUAUGUACAUAUUCUAAAUACUACAGUGUGUGUGUUAACCUGUGUGUGAAUCUAUGUGUGUGUUUCAGACUGACGAGGAGAAGAGACAGGCUCUACCGGUGGUCAUGCCUGUAUUUGACAGGAACACCUGCAGUAUCCCCAAGUCUCAGAUCUCCUUCAUAGACUACUUCAUUACAGACAUGUUCGACGCCUGGGAUGGUAAGAACACACACACUCACGGUGCCAAGGUUAGAAGGGCACAGGGGAUCCACUGGGAGGAGCCCAGGCCUCCCCUCAUCUCUUCUCAUCCUCUCUUCUAUUUCAUCCAUCCCUGUAAAAGAGGUAGAGCCUCCCUUUUCCCGUCACAGUGGAGCACAGUAGCCCAGAGGAAGAAGAGCGGGAGGGAGAAGGGGAUGGAGACAGACGAAGGGACAAAGAGGAGGGAGGAUGGGACAAAGGAGGAUAGGAUACAAUAACUCCCAUCUCCCCGUUCCCAUGAAAUGACCCGUGACCUCUGGGGUGUUGCUGGGGGUUACCCCUCCCAGAGAAGAGAAUACAUGUGUUUAUAGUGAUCAAAGCUAGUGAUGUCACGGAAAAUUCCCAGAGGCCACUGGGAAAGGGUGGAGGGGCAGGGGUGGGUAUCCGGGGGGCCGGAGGGGUUAAGUCGAGACGCACUGAAGCAGAACUUACUGUACACACACACAGUAGCACACACACAAAAGUGCACACAAAAGCACAAAGAUACACACACACACAAGCAUAACGCACAUACACACUCACACAGCAGGUUUUAAUUCGUCAGGGUCAGGGCUGGGUUGUUGCCGGGUGGUUGCCAGGUCAGGCUCAGACAGAGGGGCAACCAACGAGUCGGAAACUAGGAAGUAAACAACACCCACACAAACACAAACUGCCUGAUACCUAAUUGCCCCAGCUGUCAUUUCCUUGUGUGGAAACUACCGCUGGCUCAUGUGUUUGUGUGCAUACAGAUGUGUGUUAACCUCACAAUCUCCUCUGUCCCCCAGCCUUCGCCAGUCUACCUGGCCUCAUGGAGCACCUGUCAGAGAACUACAAAUACUGGAAGGGUCUGGACGACAUGAAGUGCAAGAGCCUGCGCCCGCCUCCUCCU